AUGACCAACAAGCUUCUAUCCACCUUUUCUGCGGGGAUUGGGCGAAAAAGAACUUUUCUUGAUAUUGACCACAUGAUUAAUUUUGUCGAUAUCGAAAAAUAUUUUCAAUCAAUCAUUGAUCCAUAUAUGGGAUCAUGGAGUAAUGUUGAUUGUUUAAUGACAUUGAGCGACUUGAACGAAAAGGGGAACACUGAAUAUGGUGAGGGUGCUAGGCGUGGCGGGGUUAAUGGUUAUUGUGUAAAAGAGUUCUUGCAUAAACUUUAUAACAUGGUGGAGAAAGAAGAAAUCAAUGAUCUUAUAUUUUGGAACCGUCGUUGUGAUGGUUUCGUUAUUUCAGACAUCAACAAGUUUGCAACUGAUGUUCUUCCCAUGUACUUCAAACAUAAAAAUUUCGGUAGCUUCAAUUCGCAACUCAACGUAUAUGGUUUUAAAAAGGUGAGUUGGGAGAUACAUGAAUAUGCAAACGAAUGGUUUCGAAAAGGGAAGUAUGAUUUGUUAGCGAACAUUAGGAGGAGAGACAAAACUCCACGACUAGUGAAGUUUGGGAAAACAUGUUCCAAAAUAGAAGUAGAAGUGUUCAACAAUCGGUUAAAAACAAUACUCCACAACCAAGAUAGUAAGAUUAUCUUGCUAUCAAACUACGAAGAACAAAUUAAAAGCUCGGUACACGAAUUCAAGGAGGUAAUCGUCAACAUGGCAAAUGUUGUGGACGAAUUGACAGAGAAAAGUAGUGAAAGGCUUGAAAACAUUAAGAAAUCAAAACUUGAAUUUGAACAGGAUGUGACAGGUAACGUAAAAGAACAAGAUCAACCGGAAGUUAAUGAGCUUGAGACUGCACCACGAGAGAACCAUAGCCCGGAAGUGCAAGAUUAUUCAACUUAUUUUCAAGAAUCAGAGAUCGAAGAAUUAGGUUUCGAUCGUUGGGAUUUCGAAAAGAUCCUCAUGGAAUGGAAGAGCCAUGUUUUGAAUGAUACGCAGAACUUAUAUUAA